AGAAACGCUAAAACGGCUAGAAAAUACUAUUUUUCUACGAGUUCUACACUCGGACGCAGGGUUUAAUGGCUACACACAGUCCGGUUAGUGUGAAACAGUCCGGAACAGCAACGGGUCAGAAGGGCAAACAGAGUCAAUCGCUCAUUAUGGAUCGCGACAUUUUGGACGAUCUGGCCAGUCGGUUCAUCAUCAACGUGCCGGAGGAGGAGCGUAAAAAUUUGAUUCGUAUCUGCUUCCAAAUGGAGCUGGCGCAUUGGUUUUAUCUGGAUUUUUACUGUGGGGAAAGUAAGCAUAAGUGUGGCAUCAAGCAGUUUGCGCAGCAAAUGUUUAAGCACGUACCGUUUCUGCAACCGCACUGGCCAAAUGUGGACACCGUACUGGAGGACUGGAAACAGUACAAGCUGACCGUACCGACUUACGGUGCGAUAUUGCUUUCGGAAGAUAGGAAGCAUGUGCUGCUGGUGCAAUCGUUCUGGGCGAAAUCAUCCUGGGGUUUUCCGAAAGGAAAGAUCAACGAAAACGAGGAACCGGUGAACUGUGCGAUCCGCGAGGUGUACGAAGAGACGGGUUACGACAUUAGCAAGCUGAUCGUACCAACUGAGUACAUUGAUGUGGUCAUCAACUAUCAGUUUACCCGGCUGUACCUUGUGACGGGUGUACCGUUGGCGACCGUGUUUAUGCCGAAAACGCGCAACGAAAUUAAAUGCUGCGAAUGGUUUCCGGUUGAUGUGCUGCCAGUAACAAAACACGACAACAUCGUGAAGGGCAACCACAACCUGUCCGGGAAUUCAUUUUUUAUGAUUUUACCGUUUGUGAAGCGAUUGAAAAAGUGGCUCGAAUCGUACCACACGGGAAAGGGCGGAAACGGAGCAAUUGGCAAAAGAUCGACCAAUGUGCUGGCGAACAAUUCGCCUGUGUUUGGGCGCGAAUCAACCGGCAAGCAGAAAAUGAACAAUCACCAACAAACGCAACAGGGCCAGAAGCAGCAGCGACAACGGCACAAAUCGAUGGGAGAGUUGGAGCAACAACCACAGCUUCAAAUACUGCAGCCGGGUAGUUCGAAAGGAAAGGGCGCAUCGAACGCGAAUCAGCAGUUCGGCAACAGCAGUACAAACCGUUCCCAGCAGCAGCAAAAACAAACGAUCCGCGACGAUCCUAACCGAACGCAGCGAGCGACCAGUGUGGCGAACGACACAUACAAAGACUUUCUGACUGGUGUUGCGGAUGAGUCGUCCGCGGUGAAACCCACUGGACAUCAGCUUAAUCAAAGCAACAAGAAUGAACCGAAGAGUGGGCCAACCACGUCGCAACCUGCAGCGAAUGCAAACGGUAGCCGGUCGGCGGAACGAGUGGCCAAGAGUCAGACGAAGCGAAAACUGUUUGCCAACGAUACCGUCCCAGAAAAACCGACGGAAGUACAAGAAUCCGAAAGCGAAGAGAAUGACAUGGAAGAAUUUUUGGCUUAUCUGAUGAGGGAAGAAAAGUACGAUAAAUUGCGCAAUACAUAUCAAUGGAAAUCCUUUCAGCUAACACAUCAUGCAUUCUUUUACCCUUUUCCUGUACGUGAUUAAAACUAAUAAAAGCGGCUUAAGAUACUUUACACCAAACGAAAGUAGGCCACCGAGAGAAAAAACAAAACAAAAUCAAAACGCAUCAAUCCUCUAUUCAGUGUUUACGCGUUACGUGGUUUGGAGAUUUUAUUGAUUUUCGAUUUAUUUAAGGAGGAUAUAGUUAAAAACUUGUAGCCCACAUUACAUAUUACUUUCGUGUUGGUUUGUUUUGUUCUUUUUUGUUUGUUUCUGCAUUCACUUUAUUUGUUUUCUUUUGCCCGUAAGCGAUUAGGUGCGAAAUUUAAUACUAUCGCUUCUGUCCCUUUCCUCCUUAUCGCUGUGUGUACUGUGUAGUAGAUGUGUUUGGUUUGUGUGAAUCUUCCUUGUUUUUAUUUGUUAGCAAUAGAAACCCGUGUAAGUCGUUCACAUUCUCCU